CGUGAUUUUACCAUAUUGUCGGUGUAUUGUAUGUCCAAGAAGGAAAGAAAGAUUCACUUCCCGGUGGUGAGGGGCAAAACUCUCUGCCUCUCUGGUGGUUCAGAUCUAAUAGCUUCUCCGCCUCUACAUUUUUAUAAAAAACAAGCUUUUACCAAACCCUACAAUUCUCUCUAAUUUAAACACAUUUUGCUUUUUAAUCACUCAAUACACCGUAUUCUCAUUCUGCCUUUUAUCCAAGUUUUUUUUUUUUUUUUUAGAAGGAAAAAAAGAAAAAAAAAAAAAAAAAAAAGCAAAACCCUUUCCCUCAUUCCAAACACCACAUUGUGGUAAUGCGUGUUGGUUUCAGCUAGAUCCGAAAGCUUAACAACGGUUGGUUUUUGCUAGUCGUGAUCGCCAACGUUGUGCUCUGAGAAAAUGGGAGAGAAAUCGAGAUCCGGCGGGUGUUGCGGGUGGUUUCUGGUGUUGGUAAUCUUGGCUGUGAUCGUAGUCGCCAUUGUACUCGUAGUGAAAAAGAGAACCGACAACAGCUCCGACCAUCCAGCUCCGAUUCCCGGACCUCCGGGCGCCGUUGUCCAUAAAUACGGCGACGCUCUCAAAGUCGCUAUGCAAUUUUUCGACAUACAGAAAUCUGGUAAGUUGGAAGAUAACAAAAUACCAUGGAGAGGGAACUCGGGUCUAAAAGAUGGAAGUGAAGCAAAAUUGGAUCUGACCAAAGGAAUGUACGAUGCUGGUGAUACUAUGAAGUUUGGUUUUCCAAUGGCGUUCACUGCCACUGUGUUGUCAUGGUCCAUUCUUGAGUAUGGGGAUCAAAUGGAUACAGUGGGUCAGUUGCAGCCUGCUCAAGAUAACCUCAGGUGGAUCACUGACUACCUCGUCAAUGCUCAUCCUUCAGAGAAUGUGCUCUAUAUUCAGGUAGGUGAUCCUGAAAAGGACCACAAGUGUUGGGAAAGGCCUGAAGCCAUGACCAUGGAGAGGCCUCUCACACAGAUCAACACAUCCUCUCCAGGAACAGAGGUUGCAGCUGAAACAGCAGCAGCUAUGGCUUCGGCCUCUCUGGUGUUUAAGACAAGCGACUCUGAAUAUUCAAGCAAGCUUCUUAAGCAUGCAAAACAAUUGUUUGGUUUUGCUGACAAGUAUAGAGUUUCUUACAGUGAGAGUAUCCCUGAGGUCCAGACUUAUUACAAUUCAACAGGGUACGGAGAUGAGCUUUUAUGGGCAGCGAGUUGGCUCUUUCAUGCCACAGGGGACCGAACUUACCUUGAUUAUGUGACGGGAGAAAAUGGAAAAGAUUUUGCUAAUUGGGGAAGUCCGACUUGGUUUAGCUGGGAUAACAAGCUUGCAGGAACUCAGGUUUUGUUGUCCAGGUUAAGCUUUUUUGGUGCCAAAGGUGUCUCAGAUAAUUCUGGUCUUCGUGGUUAUAGAAAGACUGCUGAGGCUGUUAUAUGUGGCCUCCUACCAGGUUCUCCAUCGGCUACGAAAAGCAGAACAGACGAUGGUCUUAUAUGGGUCAGUCAAUGGAAUGCAUUGCAGCAUCCUGUUGCUUCUGCAUUCUUGGCUGCUCUGUACAGUGACUACAUGCUUACGACUCGGACAGCAAAGGUAUCCUGCAGUGGAAAAUCCUACACGCCAGCAGAUAUCAGGAAAUUUGUUAAAUCUCAGGCUGAUUAUGUCUUAGGUGACAAUCCGAUGAAAAUGAGCUAUCUUGUUGGUUAUGGGGACAAAUACCCACAGUAUGUGCACCAUAGAGGAGCUUCUAUUCCAGCCGAUGCAAAGACUGGCUGCACUGAUGGCUUCAAGUGGCUCGAGUCGACUAAGCCCAAUCCCAAUGUAGCUACUGGAGCACUUGUGGGUGGGCCCUUCCUAAACGAAUCGUACAUUGAUUCCCGGAACAACUCCAUGCAAGCGGAGCCAAGCACAUAUAACAGUGCUGUCCUCGUUGGUCUGCUAUCAAGCUUGGUCACCACUUCUUCAGCUGUUCAAUCCUUAUCCUAAACUGUUGAUUAAAUUAAAUAUUACACGUGUGUAUUAUGUGAAUAGACGUAUGCAUGACCUGCUGUACGAUGGGCUCGGUUCUUGCCUCAACUGCUCUGAGCUGUUUUUUGGUUACUUAUUUGAGUAGAUGGUGGCUGUAGUAGUGAUUUUCUACAUAUGAUUUGUGUGGCAAUUUCUAAUUGCUUUUCUUCU